AUACGAGUGCCGGCACUCCUAUGGAGUCCACUAUUGAACAAAAGUGGUUACGUUUCGGACGUUUUGAUUCACGUCACAGAUCUGUUGCCCACUAUAUUAGAUGCUAUCGACGGCACCGGCAUUCAGGACCAGAAACAUCUAUAUGGUAUGUCUCAAUGGUCUACCCUAUCAACCAAUGGGCGACCCGUGCGGUGGGAAAUCCAUCACAACGUGGAUCCGGUGUGGAAUCAGUCGGCCAUUCGGUGGUACGACUGGAAACUCGUGCAGAACUUUGAACCAACAUUAUUACGCCAAAAACAUUUUAAUUUAACCUAUACAGAUCGUCACAUCGGGGUAAACAACGCCCAGACCUUCCCUGCGCUUCAGUCAACUGAUCGCCACAAUUGCAAAACCUAUCGUAUAUUAUCCCAAAUGUCACGCAAACCCGAUUAUAACGUGUUGAGGGGGUCGACGGUCCGGUGCCCGACCCAACCCAACACCGAUACCCCACUGGCCAACUGUCGCAACGAGUUGUGUUUGUUCAACAUUAGGGACGACCCGUGCGAACAGCGCGACCUGAUUGGCCAGAUUGAGCCCGAGUUUGUGGCCAUACUGUGGGAUAGAUUGCGUGAGUUUAACCGUACGGCUGUUUCACCGCUAAGUCUUGUACCUCUCGACCCCGUGGCCAGUGAUCCCACACUUUAUGACAAUACUUGGGUUAAUUGGUUGGACUAUAAACAUGUGUCCGAUAGUCACGUGACUCCCGAUAGAAGUGAAUUG